AUGACUCCCUUAGGCGUAAGUCUUGAAUUAGGCGAGGCGGCGAGGCGGUGGUCUGGCCUCCGCCACCGCCCGACAUCUCGACUGUCGCCGGUUGAGCUACAAAGAUCUCUUCUCACACAUGCCUCGCGGCGCAGCCUGCCCCCGUACCUCCCCCCCUCGCACGCGCCCUCGUCGCGGCUGCUCGAGCCGCUGGGCUUGCCCGGCGACGCGCCCGGCUACGCCUACCUCGAGCGGGCGACCGACGUCGUCGAGGGCCAAGGGGAGGGGUGGCCGGCAUCGCAGGGGUGGCCGCACAUAUCCUUUCCGCGGCCAGGCGCGAGCUGGCUCUGCUCUGCGCACGACCAGCGCCGGGCGGGAGGAGCCUCUCGGCGCCACUGCAGCGCGAGCUGCUCGAGGCGAGACGAGACGCCUUUGAGCAAGACCAGAGGUAGGUCGGCGCUCCUGAGAAAGCAGCAACGGGAGGUGAUCGCGCUGCAAAAGCAGCUCGCGCUGCUCGGUUGCACGCCGCCCGCCGCCAGGGCCGCCAGCGCCGUCGCCGCCAAAUCGCCCGCCUCGGCACCCGAAGGGUAUAACACUUCUCCGCCCGGCGCCGGGGAAGGGGGUGGGGAAGGGGCGAGCAGCCACCACCGCCCGAGCGCAUCGACGCCCUUCCUCGUCUGA